UGAGCCGGUUGUAACUCGAAAGAUUCAGUAAUCUGGAGCUGCUCGUGCUGCUGGACUCGUCUCAAACCGACAACAAACUGCAGUCAGCCGCUCGGUUCUGCUUCUCCUCACCGACAGCACCAUGAGCUUCUUCGGGUUUGGUCAGAGUGCGGACAUCGAUAUAGUGCUGAAUGACGCCGAAACGAGAAAGAAAGCUGAGCAUAAGAGCGAAGACGGAAGGAAGGACAAAUAUUUUCUCUUCUACGACGGAGAAACGGUGUCGGGAAAAGUCAACGUUACGCUCAAAUACCCGGGAAAGAGGCUGGAGCACAACGGCAUCAAGAUUGAGUUUGUCGGCCAGAUAGAGCUGUACUACGACAGAGGAAACCACCAUGAGUUUGUGUCUCUGGUGAAAGACUUGGCGCGACCAGGAGAGCUCACACAGUCACAGACGUUUGACUUUGAGUUCACACAUGUGGAGAAACCCUACGAGUCUUACACUGGUCAGAACGUCAAAUUACGCUAUUUUCUGAGGGCAACAGUGAGUCGGAGACUGAACGACAUCAGCAAAGAGCUGGACAUUGUGGUUCACACACUCAGCACCUACCCUGAGCUCAAUUCCUCCAUCAAGAUGGAAGUGGGGAUCGAAGACUGUCUACACAUAGAGUUUGAGUACAAUAAGUCCAAGUAUCAUCUAAAAGAUGUGAUUGUAGGGAAGAUUUACUUCCUGCUAGUAAGGAUUAAGAUCAGACACAUGGAGAUUGACAUCAUCAAGCGGGAGACAACUGGAACAGGACCCAACGUCUACCAUGAGAACGACACUAUAGCAAAGUAUGAAAUCAUGGAUGGUGCACCAGUCAGAGGAGAGUCCAUCCCCAUCAGGCUGUUUCUGGCAGGCUAUGAGAUGACGCCCACUAUGAGGGACAUUAACAAGAAGUUCUCUGUCCGCUACUACCUCAACCUGGUUCUCAUCGAUGAAGAGGAAAGACGGUAUUUCAAGCAGCAGGAGAUCACUCUGUGGAGGAAAGGGGACAUAGUGAGGAAGAGUAUGUCUCAUCAAGCCGCCAUUGCCUCCCAGCGCUUCGAAGGCUCCUCCCAUCCCGAGAAGUCCCAGAGCCAGAGCACCGAAGAAGAUGACAGCUAAAGACGGGCACACACUUCACCCCUCUGUAGUGAGUGUAUGUGCAGAGACAGUGCAAAAACGUCAGCCUAAAUUCUGAAUGUGAAUAUAAUUUGUUUGCAUUAAGAUAGAAUGCACUGCAGUGUUUUUCAGAAUGGGUGUGUGCUUGUGUGAGUGAGUGAGAGGCCUUGAAGUCCGAGGAGUGUAUGUGUGUGUUAAGGGAACUAACAGUCAGACCAGGCUCAGACUGUAGUUGCAAGUAAAGCUCAGUGUUUUUGUUUGAACCACCUUGAAGUACCAGCUGGGUGGAGUUUCCCACACUAAGUAUGAUUAGACCGUGUCAGUUAACUUUUCUGUCACAAAGAGAAACUUCACAAAAUUGACUUGUAAGUGCUAAACAUGAUUUUUGUGGCAUUUAUUAUACAGCUCAGUGUGGCAAGCUUCACCCAUUAGAUCCACUUGAAUAUCAUUUGCAUAUACUGUUUGUGUGUGUAUGAAUGUAACAUAUUUGGCACAGAGCCACCUCGGGUGUAUUUCUAACAUGACCAUUACUUAAACUACUUACUUGGCUGGAAGAUUGUGCUGUGCAGAAACUGCAGUCACACAGUAGGUUCAUAAAGAGCGGGUAAACAAUAGAUCUUAUAGUACAUUUGUCUGAGUGUCUUCAAAGGAAUGUGACAUUGUCACAUUAACUCAUUUGAGGAUAUUUUGCUGCCAUGCCCUCUGCUGAAAAACUGCAUUUUAUUUACAUUUUCCCUCUUAAAUCCAGUAUGACUCUUGGAUAGCAAACAGCAUUACAAAGUUUUUUAAAAUUCUAUAAUUAAAAGGAAAAAAAUGCAUAUUUGUAUAAAACAAUGCUUCAGAUAUUUUCAUACAUUCCAAGGCUCUCAUCAUAAAUAAGGCAUGACUAUAGAGUAUUUAUUUUUUAACAAAAAUCCAUUUUUUAACUAGCAUUUUACAUGUUUGAUGCAUCAGUUGUGGCUCGGUGUCAGGUGUUGCCACGGCUGCUAAAACAAGUGUGGCACUUGUGAGCGCUGUAGGAUUUCUCUUCCAACGUUGUUACAGCUGCCAGUCACUGGUAGGUUGAAGCCCUGCUCUGCUAUUUGCACUAUGAUCUCUUUCUGCUUUUUACCUGUUCAGUGACGUUUAAGAGACACAUUACAGUCAUGGCAGGAUUUAUGAGUAGAGUAAGUCAGACUCCAUUAUGCCAGACAUCGCUUCAGAUCUGACAAAGACAGCAUUACAUCUGUGUUUAGUGACAAAGCCACAUAGAUGCUUGUGAGUCCGGCCUGUUAAACGUCUGUAGACUGCUGAGACUGGCUGCCCUGUUUGGUUAGUUAGGUUUGUGCCUAAAAGGGUUUAGUGCCAAAAUGUUUCAGUGCAAUGCUAGAGAGCAGAUGCCCUUUCUUCACAUUUACACUGUGCACAUGAAUUUAUCCAUUAGUCUUUUCAGACAGAAAAAAAUGGGGUUAAGGUAAAGACAGUUUUAGAUCAUUUCUCAUUAUUGUGAACGUACAAGAAAGACAGCUGUUGUCCUGAGCACUUAAUUCAAAAUAAAUAACUAAAGAGUCCCAGACUUUUGUUUCUAGAAAAGCAGAGUCUCUUUUUUUCUUUUGUUUUCCUUCAGGUCAGACGGAGUAGAUAAUGGAGUUUCUGUGCCAUUGCUUCUUUUAAUUUAGUUUCCUUUUCCAUACUUACAAAGAGCACACUAGUGAGUACAUAGUGUGAAGCACUGAAACUGAACCCCCAACUUUUCGCUUGACAAGCUUGUGCUGUGCAGCUUUGCAAAGUGAAUCGCUGUGUAUCAUUUUUGUUAUAAUGUUUAUAUUUUCUACUUUCCCUGGCAGUGAGAUUAAUUUUUAGUGUGCUGCUGUCAUCACACUGCUGUUUAAAUAAUUGCUGAAAUAUAGCAGCCACCAGAUUUAGGUGUGUUGAUUUGAGCCAACAGGACAUUUUACUUAGAUUUAUGUAGCUUGACGGAUCAGGUGACAGAGUGUUCCUUCUUCUGAGAUUCUUCUUUGUCAUUGUUAUUGAUGGUUGUAGAUAUUACUGCUUGGUGAGCCGCUUCAGUCUCCACUGAAACUUUACAUGAAUGGACUGUGUGAAAGCUAUGGGGGUGUGGACUGGCACUGAAUGUUAAAUACCUCCCCUUGAUAUGUAAAGAUGAUCCUAGCAACAUGGGACUAUACCCACUGGUUUGCACUAGGCUCAGCUUAAACAGCUUGCUGGCUUUAAUUUCACUGCAGUUCUGUUAAAGUACAGAAUCAAGCUAAGGCAACAGUUGACUCAAAAAAAUACUCUGAUCUUUACUAUAUAUUCAGACAGAGAUUGUGUAUUGAUUGAAGGCAAAACAUGAAAACACAUCUAUGGUACUAUACUAUCUAUGGUAUCUAUGGUUCACACAUAAGCUAUGUUUUCUUGUGACUGUUUAUUUUACAGUAGUGCUUGCAAGAAAAGGGUUAAAAAAAAAAUACAGGAAAUCUGGGUGAUAAAUGCUCUUCGUGACUCUCAAAAACACCAACUAAACAACCUUCCUGUACACAAAAAUGCGUAAGCCUUCCUCUUCUCUGACCUCACUUUUCACCCUCAUAGUUCUCACACAGUCCAUGAAGUAUUCUGCAUUCUUUCUCUGCCUAAUUCAGUACACUUUAAGAAUCCCAAAGCAACUCUGCAUUUUCCAUGUUUUCUUGUUUUUUGUGUGUGUGGCUGUGAUUCUGCUUCUUGCCAGUACUGGUACAGACAUACAAUAGCUAAACCAACCCAGUUUGUAAUAAAGAGUAAACUGAGAGUAAGAUAGGAAAGGAAAAAAUAGGGUUAUGAAAUGUACAGUAUAAAUGCACAAUGUAAAUGCAAACCCUCCUCCUUUUUAUUCAUAUUCAUGUCAUAUUUUCUUUUUCUGUCUAUAAGUCUUGAUUUGAUCCUUUUAUAUUCUUGUCUUUCUUUGAAUUAAAAGGGAGUAACUGAAAA